AUGCAUUAUUUCGUGAGAAAAAAAAAUGAAACGAUUAACAAAAGAGACGAUUUUAUAACGAACAGUAAACUGAUUAAAAAGAACGGAUCAAUAAUAAAUGAUAAUAAACUUGAAAGUGGAUAUGAAAAGAAUAAUCCAAUUACAAAGAAAAUUAAUUCGGAAAAUGCAUUAAAUGAAAGCACAAACUCCUUUUUGGCUAGUAGUUAUAUGGAAGAAGAGGAAAAUUAUUCAAAACAACCAAGAGACAUAACAAAUCUUAAAAGACUAUCAAAUACAAAGGAUCAUAAGCAUAAUCAAGACAAAUGUCUAGACAAUUCUAGUACUGACUAUGGAAUGAAAAGUUAUAGUGAAAGUAUGGAAAAUGGAUAUUCUCAAAAUUUAAACGUGUCAACAAGUUUUCAUGAAAAGGAGGAAGACUAUGUCGAAGAAGAGAAAAUUGAUCGUCAGCUUACCUUUAAAAACUACAAUAAAUUGAAUUAUUCGAAUGUCGAAAAUGCUGGCAAUGUUGAUGAAGCUGAAGGCGUUGACAAUGUUAGUAAUAUUAGUAGUGUUGUUGACUCUGGCCAUGUUGGAAAUAAUAUCAACAAAUAUAAAGUAGAUAAUUCGAGAGAUAAUUUUACUUACAUUAAUUCAAAAGACAAAGUAUUAUUCGUAAAUGUAAGUAGAGAUUCGAAAAAUAACAUUAUGUCAUUAACAGCUAGUCAAAAAUACAAUAUUCAGAAUUCAUCGUUUUCAAAUAAUCUUAAAAAGGAAAAAGAAUUAAAAAAUAGUAUAAUGCUAGAAAAUGAAAAACACAGAGACAAUCAAGAUGUGAUGGAGGAUAUUAAUUACAAUUCUGAAAAAAGUUAUAUCAAAGUAAAUAAUAAUAAAACUGAUGAUAUAAAUAAUGCUUCUAAAAACAUCAAUCGAAAGGACGAAAAGUUUUAUGAUAAAGGACACUCAAUAAAGAAGCAUACCAAACUUAGUACAAGUGAUCAUCUGUUCAUUUCGGAUAAUGAACAAGAGAUUAAUAUAAACAAUUUUCAUUUUACGAGUAAUAAUCAAUCAGAACAAUCAAAUGUAGAAAGGGAAAAAGGUGCAAACAAGAACUCAAGUGAAAAUGAUGAUAUAGAAUAUUUAAACAAAACCAAAAAGGACACAGGCGUAAAUUACAAGAGGCAGAAUAAUCAUAAUAACAAUUCGAAAGAUAUUGAUGAACAUAUUAGUAGUAAUGAUAGAUAUUAUAUAGAAAAAAAUGAGAAAGACGAAGUAGAACAAAAAUUGAACUCAAUAGACUUCUCUGAUAAUUAUGAUAACAAAGAAGAGUUUAUUAAUGAUGAACAGUUAACAAAUACAAAGAAUGAACUUCAUCAAAGAAACAAAAAUGCGAAUAGUAAUGAGUUAAACAGUAGCUUUAUAAUGGAUAAAAUGUCAUCUGAAAAAAACUUAAAUAUUCAUAACAACAAAAAAAAUAAUAUAUUAGAAAAAAGUGAAAAGCUGAAGGAAAAUGAUUCCCACAUAAAUUAUAACAGGUGUUUAGAGCAAUCAGUAAAAUCUAGAGUUACUCACAAUAAUUCUAAUAGAACUUUCGUGGACACAUCCAUUGUAUCAGUGAAGUCAAAAGAUAGGUAUACAACAUCUGAGAGUAAUUCGGUGGAGUCGAGCAACAGAUUAGCUCGAUCGAGUGGUAAUUUAGCUGGGUCUGGUGAUAUUUUGGGGGGAUCAAGAGCUUCCAUGAAAGUGAAUCACAGUUACAUACUGUCAAGGAGCAAUUUAUCAGAGACAUUAGUCAACGAUGGUCAAACAACAAAUAGUAUGUUAACGCGACAAAGUGCUAAGAUAGAGUCGGCAUACAGUACAAAUAAAUCAAAUAGCAGGCACAUGGAAUCUAGAAGAAGCUAUACAGAAUGCAGAGGUAUCUGUAAGAAUUCGAUAAAAGAACAUACAGAAAUAGCAAAAAAUAAUUUAACAGAUUAUGAAAAUAAGAUGAAAGCAUCAAGAAAUAGAACAGUGGAUCUGACUGCAAAAUUGAUAGACCCAAUUUUUGAUCAAAAUAAACCCACAUCACGUAGUAUUACGGAAUCAAGUAAUAAUGUAAAUAUAAGAAGCAAUUCUGUAAUAUCAAAAAGUGGGAGAGAAAAGUGGACAAAUAACUCAGAAGAAUUAUCUAAUAAUCAAACAAAUGCGAAUAGAGAUAUGGAAUAUAGAAACGGUCUAACGAAUCCAAGCAUGGAAAAAUCAAAGAGCCACUACGAAAAAGAAUCAUAUAAUUUAGCCGAAUCGAAUAUUGUUGGGGAAGAAAAUAAUUUCAGGGAAGCUAAUAACUUAAAUGAUUCAAAUUAUGCUAUGCAUGCAUCUAUGGAUACCAUAACAGAAACACAUAAUACUUCAAUCAGCUUGAAUCAGAGUCAAAAUGAAGAAGGCUACAUUUCGAAUGAAUCUUCUAAUAAGUUAAGUAAGUCAGAAUACUAUGUGAACAAAUUGCGUAAUAGGAAUAACAUACAUUCCGAAACAGUAAAUAGUGAAUCGAGAAGGAGCAUAUCUAAUUCAAUAUAUAGUCAUAUAGAAUCACAUGAAAAUACGUUAAAUUCAAAUAAUUGUCUUGUUAGACAAAAACAAAGUUACAGAGAAUUAAACAAUAUCCUUAAUGAAUCCAGUGAUAGAUUAAUGAAUUCCAAAGAUAGUCAGAUAGAGUCAGAAAAUCAUUUGCGUCAGAUGAAUGGUAGUACCUUACAAAAUUCUAAAUAUGAAGAGAAGUUGAUGGGAUUAACAAUCAAUUUUGUAGAAUCAACAAAUAACUCUAAUAAUAAGGAGUCAAAAAGUUAUUUAAAUAAAUCAGAAGAUUAUAUAGAAGAUUCGAAUAACAAUUUAAUUAAGUAUAACUUGAAAUGUUCAAAUGAUGAUUGUGAUAAAGACCAACUAUUUAACGAAUUUGAAAAAAAGAAGAAACACAUAAAUGAAAUGAACUAUUAUUAUGGAAACAACAGAAGAUAUCGUCUCAAUAUAAGUGAGAAUAUUCCUAAAAAGAAUAUACAACUAGAUUAUAAAAAAUUCAAUACUUUUGUAAAGAAUGAUGAACAAAAAGCUGAUCUAUUAGUAGAGUUUCAAAAAAGUAUUAAAAAAAAGGGGAUAAUGAUAAAUCCAGAAGUUAAUGACAUUAAUCAGAAAUGUAUAUCUAGAAAAAAUCUGGAUAUUCACAAUAAAUAUCUGAUAAAUGACAAAACCAAUAACUUAGUAGAUUAUAAUGAAAAAGAAGAGGAUUGUUUGAAUUAUUUUUUAAUGGAUAAUAAUGCAAACAGUCACCCAAUGGAUACAUCUAAUGGUGACAUUGAAGAGGAAUUGGAAAAGGGGGAAUUCUAUAAUAACAUAGAAGAUAGUUUCGAAGAUUUUGAAAAAAAAAAUUAUAAUAAUAGUAGCGGCCAUAUUAAUAGUAGCAACCAUAAUAAUAGUAGCGGUCAUAAUAAUAGUAGCGGUCAUAAUAAUAAUAGCGGCCAUAAUAAUAGUAGCGGCCAUAAUAAUAGUAGCGGUCAUAAUAAUAGUAGCGGCCAUAAUAAUAGUAGCGGCCAUAAUAAUAGUAGCGGCCAUAAUAAUAGUAGCAGCCAUAAUAAUAGUAGCGGCCAUAAUAAUAGUAGCGGCCAUAAUAAUAGUAGCAGCCAUAAUAAUAGUAGCGGCCAUAAUAAUAGUAAUGGUAAUAAUGACAUUAGUGCAGAUUAUAACAGUAAUAAUUGCGAAUUAGAAUUUUCUUUCAAUCAAGAAAUUAAGAAAUAUUCCAAUAUACCGAAUGACUGCUCUACAUCAAUUAAUAAUAAUUUUCAAAAUUUUAUGGAUAAUUAUGAUAUACAUACAUCUAACAAUUUUGAUUUAACUAUGUCUAAUAAUUCAAAUAAAAUUGUUGAUACGGAUAAGCUAGCCAUGGAAAAUAAAUAUAAUUCUAAUUAUAUUAGAAAAUUAUCUAUGAAUGAUAAUUUUGUUAAUACUGAUUUGCAAAUAUCAUAUAUGGAGAAUGAAAUUCAAAACAGAAUAAAAGAUUUAGAUGCUUCUCUAGGAAAAAAAUUUGAAAAUAAAUGUGAUGCAGUUCUUAACAGAAUCGAAAAGUUGCUAUCCUGUGAUUUUUUGAGUGAACAUUAA